AUGUUGUUUUUUUUAUUAUUGACUAUAAUAAUUUGUGUCCUAGUCAUGUUCUACAUAAAGUGGGUAAAAGUGAGGAGCUAUUGGGCCGAACGCGGUGUCCCGUUCGACCCCCCUAAUCCAUUUCUUGGAAGCCUAACCUUUUUAAUGAGAAAAAACCCUUCAUUAUGGAUGAGAGACAUAUACGAGAGGCACCGGAGCCGGUACGUGGGUGUGUGGCUGUUCUGGCGACCGGCACUGGUGGUGAACACCCCGGAGCUGGCCAGGAACAUCCUCGUCCGGGACUCCGGGAAUUUCCGGAAUAAGUUCAUGACGGCCAGCACCAGCGAUCCCAUUGGCUCACUCAAUUUGCUUCUGACGAAGGAUCCAGCAUGGACGGGCAUUCGUAAGCGAGUGUCGCUGGCGUUCACAUCGUCCAAGCUCAAGAGCGUGCAGGCUGUCGCCGCAGCCAAGUCCCUGGAUCUGGUGACCAGGAUCCAUGAGGAGGGGGUAGCCGAGAUCAGUUUACGGACGAUGUUCUCCGACUACACGACGGACGUGUUCAGCGCGGCAUCGCUGGAGCUGGACAGCAACACGACGCUGACCGGCGAGGGCGCUGUUCGCGAUAUCACAAAGGAGAUUAUGGAGUUUUCCCUGCCGCGCGGGCUGGCAUGGUGCGCGAUAUUCUUCUGGCCGGAUAUGGCUGAGCUUUUUAGGGUAAAUUUCCUACCGAAAAAAUCGACAGACUUCCUGCGGCGUAUAUUAAGAGCGAAGUUUAAAGCAAAAAGCGUUGAAUUAAACAAGGACCCGAAGACUGUCCUCGAGAUCUUGAUGCAGAUGAUGAGGAAAUCUCAGGAUCAGGAAAAAGCGUACUCCGAGGACUGUAUCAUGGCGCAGGCGGCGGCGCUGCUGGUGGGCGGGUACGAGACCACCUCCUCCGCUCUCACAUACAUCACAUACCUGCUGGCACACUCUCCUCGACAACAGGAAAAGCUGUAUCAAGAGCUUUUAGUGGCAGAAGAAAAACAUGGACACCACAAUAUGGAAGGUGUUAUAGCAGAUUGUCAAUACAUAGACUGUGUUAUUAAAGAGGCCCUCAGAAUGUUUCCACCGAUGGCGUGGUUGGACAGAGUGGCUUUACACGACUACAAGGUCGACGACAGCUUGACGAUCGAGGCUGGUACACCGGUGUACGUGAACGGAGUGGGCAUGCAGGUGGACCCGGAGUUCUACCCAGAUCCGUACACCUUCGACCCGGAGAGAUUCACAGCGGAGAGUAUACCUUACACGUAUAUGCCCUUCGGAGAUGGACCUAGGAUAUGCAUUGGUAAACGGUACGCAAUGAUCACUUUGAAGAACGCGAUAGCGGCGAUAAUUUUAAAUUUCGAAGUAUUACCGUGUCCAAACAGUCCGAAGCCAGCGGAAGCGGAAAUACAGAAGAAAGGCUUGUUCCUGAUGCCCGGAGAAGAUUUAAAAGUUAAAUUUAUAUCCAGAAAAUAAAAUGUU